AAUUUGACGACGGAAGAAAGAGAAGGAAUUUAGGUUCACGGCGAGGCCGCCAUCGACGGCGAAUUCAGGGUUCGUUCAUAGUUAGCAUUAGAAGUCUCCGACUCCGUUUUGCGAUUGCGAGACGCUAAUGAAUCAGAAGGAUGCUAAUCAUUCAGGAGAAGUUGGUCGUACUCUGGUGGAGUUUUUGGAAGUAGCCAUCACAAUGAUUGUUUACGUAAAAGGUUUAUAUCCAUCUGCGGCAUUUGAAAGGCGGAGAUAUAUGAAUGUGGUGGUGCAAAGGGCAAGCCAUCCUGAGCUACGCGACUACAUCCACUCUGCUGCUUCUGGGCUUCUCCCUUUCAUCGAAAAGGGUCUUGUUGAAAGAGUAGCAGUCAUAUUUUACAGUAAGGACAAUGUUCCUGUGGAGAGGUUCAUCUUCAAACUCACGAUUAAUCUGUCUUCCGCUGCUUCAGUAGAAGAGGGUCAUCUGGAAUUUGCGCUUAGGUCCUUCUUAGUCAAGCUCUCCGUCUCAAAAUCUCUUGUCAAGCCUCUUCCUCAUCACUGUAGAUGGGAGGUGACGGCGUAUCUGAGGUCGCUUCCUGAAGUGGGUUCAAGCAAAGAAAGCGAGCUAUGGAUUCCAACAGAUACAAAGCAGUGGCAAAAGCCGGCAGUUAUCACGCCGGUCAAAUCUCUGGACAGCGAGCCACUCUGCUUACAGCUUUACUUGGAACACCCAAGUUUGUCUGAACCACAACCUUGUCAAGCCCAAUCUUAAACUAACAAGAAUCGACAGGAGACGACAAUGAAAACGAUCUGUAUUUUUUUACAUUACCACAUAUUGGUAAACAUAGUUUCCUAAAGUAGAAAAUUACAUUGAUAAAAGCAGUGUAAUUUUCGUAACACCUGAUUAAAAGGGAUAUAUUACAUUCGUAAGACCCAGAGUUACUAAAAAAAAAAUUAUUGUCAUAAAGCUAGAUUAAUAUGCUAUAAAAGAUGGAUUGAUA